UGAAACCCGAUAUUCGCACGGUGUUUAGACCAUUUCACGUGCUGUCUUUUUUUGAGAAAACAUAAAUUAUUCAUCUAUUCAAACUUUCAUACCAAUUCACAAUACAAUGGCUUUCUAAUUAUAGACUUCCUUCCACGUCGACAAGCAGUGAGUUAGGAGUCUACUGCUACAGAUGCUUUAGAGCUCUCAAAGAGAAAGUAUUAAUUGUUAAAGACGUUUAAUUAUAACACCACCGCCGUUCCUGACCCACGACUGCAAAUAUGGAUCCAAACGUACAGACCAAAACACCGAAAAAUCGCCGAGCGAAGUUUAUUAUCAUCGGGCUUAUUGUUGUAAUAUGCAUCUUGUCUUUCCAACUUUACAGAAUAAACAAGAUAAAGAAACAGUUGGUUAUAAGAAAGUCUUUUCUCAUCAAUAAACUUUACGAAUGUCGGGUUUCUUCCGAAAAAAUGGAAGGAAAAUUUAAGGAGAAACGCGCACAAAAUGAACAAUUAAAGAAGACCAUAGCCACUAAACAAGAAGCAUACGAAGAAAUGUCAGCCAAAUACAAUGAGUUGGAAACGUCGUUGAAUAAAAAAACAGAAGAAUUGACAACGUUAAAGAAAAAAGCAGAUGACAGUAAGAAGGACCUCUCCAACAUACAACAAGAGUAUGACAGUGCAAUGUCGUCAAUAAAAUCCAUGCAAGGUCAACUUGAUGAGACAAUCAAAGUUUGUGAUAAGCACAAAGAGGCCACUCGGUCUUUGAAUGAAAGUACUGCACAAAUAAUGCAUAAGCUAGAAGUAUGUAACCAAGAUAUGGCAAAUUUGCAAAGAGACAGAACAGAAAUGCAACAGAAGAGAGCAGGUUUAGAGAGGAAUCAACAAGCUCUACAAAGUGAAAUUGAACAAAUGAGAAAGAGUGCAUCAGCUGCGGACCAAACACGAAGAUCUUUGGUCCAAAAACCACUUCAGCAAACAAGUGUGGUGAAGACAACACCAUCGGCUUACAAACGACAAAGCACAAAAUCACCGGUAAACAAUGAUUCAAAAAGUUCACAGAAUGAAGAAGGGGCUAGUACAAGUCAAUUAACCAACAAAUCAAGUGCUUCUGCUCCAAGGGCUAUUGUACCAACCCAGUCUCGAAACAAACGAAAGAGUGGUCAGUUGUCCUAAAAAGCAUGCUGAACGGUUAUCCAACUAGUGAGCUACAAAUUACAACUUGGUUUUACUCACGUGGAUUGAUCUAUAUGAUAAUUAAGUUAAUUAGUACUUAGGAACUAUGAAGUGUUUAUAAAUAUUGAGAACUUGCAAGCUAACUUAAACUUUGUAGCAUAAUUGGCAUUAUGGACUAGAAAAGACAAAGUCAAUGUAAACUUCCUAUGAUUCCAAACAUUUUGAAAAGACAAAGUCAAUGUAAACUUUCUAUGAUUCCAAACAUUUUCUGAUCAACUGCUUGAUUUCAUUUAAUGUAAAAUCAUUUAGACAUGUGUAGUUUGUAACUUUUUUGUAUUACUAUUUAUUUAUUUUACUAACACUGCUGUAUGUUGGUACAAAUUGUCGUUUUAAAUUGAGUCAUAAACAUUUGUGCACUAAAUUACAAAACCAUGGUGCGAC